GUAGAGGUUUUUCUAUUUUGAAGGAAUAUAUAAAAAAUAAUUCCAUCCUUAAAUAGGGAUAAAAAUAAUAUCUAUCUAUAUUUUCUUCUAAAAAUAGAAAAAUCUACUAUAUGACAUACAUUAUAGUAAAACAGUUUUUAUAGCAAAAUUCUCUGUUUUUUUUUUAAAUAUUUAUAAAUGUACAUUUGAAAUGUUCUAAAAGACCACAAGAGUCUUACAAAAAUUUAAUUUAAUUGGUUUUAAUAAACUGAAUCAAUCAAUUGUUACACGUGUUAAUUAUAUGAGACUCUAAUUAUAUAAUGCUAACACUAAUAUCAGAUCAUCUUUUGAUAUUAAUUUAUUUAUAGAUUUUUGCAGAAAUUUGCUAUACUUACACGUGAAAUAAUUUUCAUGGAUAUAUAUAACUAAAAUUUGGUGUCAGAUAAAUUCUAGUGAUUUAAAAAAAAAACAUAAAUGGGCCCCACGGCUCAAAUCCAGCUUGCCUCAGACAUACCAUCUUCUCUCUGUCGGCUUGCUUUUCCCUCCCUUUUAUAAACAAUUGGACUGUAACCUGCCUAGCUUUAAAACUUCUCUUCUUCAUUCAAGCUUGCUUGAAUUCUUCUUCUGAACUGUCAUCACGGCGGUGAUAGAUACAUCUUCUGCCUCCUCCGUUCUAAACCUUUCAACCACUCUGGAAAGAUGCCUGCUGACGUGUUUACCCCGGCGUCACCAACUUCCUCCUCCUCUGACAGCUCUUCCCGUUGGAAUCCCUCUCUCUCCGCCUCUCUCUACCGCAUCGACGGUUGGGGAGCUCCUUAUUUCACCGCCAACUCUUCCGGUAACAUCUCCGUUCGUCCUCAUGGCUCCGACACUCUGCCUCACCAAGACAUCGAUCUCCUCAAAGUAGUUAAGCAUUUGACUCAUCCGAAAGCCUCCGGUGGUUUAGGGCUGCAGCUUCCUCUCAUCGUACGGUUCCCUGACGUUUUAAAGAACAGGCUCGAGUGUCUCCAGUCCGCGUUCGAUUCCGCGGUAAAGUCUCAGGGGUACGGUUCUUAUUACCAAGGUGUUUAUCCGGUUAAAUGCCACCAGGACCGGUUCAUUGUGGAGGAUAUCGUGAAUUUCGGUUCUCCUUUCCGGUUUGGUUUGGAAGCUGGUUGUAAACCGGAGAUCCUUUUAGCUAUGAGUUGCUUGUGUAAAGGCAACCCUGAGGCCUUUCUCAUCUGUAACGGCUUCAAAGAUGCUGAGUAUGUAUCCUUGGCUCUCCUCGGUAGAAAGCUUGCGCUCAACACAGUGAUUGUGCUCGAGCAAGAACAUGAGCUUGAUCUUGUUAUCGACCUUAGCAAGAAGAUGAACGUGAGGCCUGUCAUUGGGUUAAGAGCUAAGCUGAGAACCAAACAAACAAAUUAUUACGGGUCGAAUUCAGGUGAAAAGGGAAAGUUUGGAUUGACAAGUGCUCAGAUUGUUUGUGUCGUGGCGAAGCUUAGGGAGUCUGGUAUGCUUGACUGCCUCCAGCUCUUGCAUUUUCACAUUGGCUCAAUGAUUCCAACGACUUCUUUGCUAUCUGAUGGCGUCUCCGAAGCUGCUCUGAUUUACUGUGAGCUUGUGCGUCUUGGUGCACAUAUGAGAGUUAUUGAUGUUGGUGGUGGUUUGGGGAUUGACUAUGACGGGUCUAAGUCUGGAGAAGGUGAUAUCUCGGUUGCUUAUACACUCGAGGAGUAUGCUGAAGCUGUUGUAGCUUCCAUCAGGUAUGUAUGUGACCGGAGAUCGGUAAAACAUCCGGUGAUAUGCAGUGAAAGUGGGAGAGCAAUAGUCUCUCAUCAUUCUGUGUUGAUCUUUGAAGCUGUUAAGCCAAUGGCUCACCAACCGAAGCCUGAUGAUAUUCAGUUACUGCUCGAAGGUGAGGAAGAUCUAUACACGGCUGUGAUGCGUGGAGACCAAGAAAAGUCUCUACUGUACGUGGACCAGCUGAAACAGAGAUGUGCUGAAGGUUUCAAAGAUGGCGUUUUGAACAUCGAGCAGUUAGGUUCUAUUGAUGGGUUAUGCGAAUGGGUUUUGAAGGCUAUAGGCAGGUCGGAUCCGGUUCAGACUUACAACAUCAACCUAUCGAUUUUCACUUCGACUUCUAGCCACUGGGGGAUGGGACACCUGUUUCCUAUCGCUCCUAUCCAUAAGCUCGAUCAAGAGCCUAAGGCUUGUGGGAUCUUGUCUGAUAUAACGUGUGACAGUGAAGGGAAGAUCGUUAAGUUCAUAGGCGGCGAGUCUAGCUUGCCGUUGCACGAGAUAGAUAAUGGAAGGUACUUUUUGGGUUUAUUCCUUGGAGGGGCUUAUGAGGAGUCUAUGGGUGGAGUCUAUAAUCUGUUUGGCGGGCUAAGCGUUGUCCGUGUCUCGCAGAACGAUGGACCACAUAGUUUUGUAGUGACCAGAGCCGUGCCUGGUCAGUCCUCUUCUGAUGUUCUCCGAGCAGUGCAGCAUGAGCCUGAGCUAAUGCUUCAGACACUAAAGCACAGAGCAGAGGAAGUAAUGCAUACCAAAAGAGGUGGUGAAGAAAAAGAAGAAGAUGAUGAGUACAAGAAUGUGGCUGCUUGUCUCGACCGUUCGUUCCACAACAUGCCGUAUCUCGCGACCGAGGAGGGCAUGAAUGAGUAACUCUCUUUCAACUGCGAUCAAUAACCUCGGCUUUUAAUACUGCGGCGACAACCUAUAUGAGUGCGAGAAAGCUGGUCUUGUGGUUCGUUGUUGUAGUUAAAUUAUCAUUUUAAGUUUCUUCAAUAAAUUAUUGGAAUAACAUGAUAAUCAUAUGACGAGAUACAUGGUUGUAUUUGUGUAAAGUCCUUUUGUAAAAAUUAGGAUUUUUUUGUAUCUUAUUUUAUUUAUUUUCAA